CUGCUCCAGCAGGAGGUGAAGGCCAUCGAUAAGUUUGCUGACAAAACAGUGGAAGACAGUGGGAAGAUGUUCACUCAGCUGAUCCGUUUCAUCCAGAAAAGACGCUCUGAUGUGGAGCAGCAGGUCAGAUCCCAGCAGCAAACUGCAGUGAGGGGAGUCAAAGAGCUUCAGCAGGAGCUGGAGCAGGAGAUCACUGAGCUGCAGAGGAAAGACGCUGAGCUGCAGCAGCUCUCACACACAGAGGACCACGUCCACCGUGGAGGAAAUCACUGCUAA